GCAACUGCUCGCAUGCACAUUUGACCGUUUAUGUGGAUGCUUGCAUAUGGUACUUCUACGGAAGAAAUCUGUAGAUUUAAGAGAUUCAAUCUGUGAAAUCUUCAGAUUUUAAUCGGAAGGCCUAUCUAUGUGUUUAACCUUUUCGAAAACGAUAACCUGAAAAAAGUGAAUCUGUAAUAUCAACAGAUACUUUUUGUUGUUCCUACAAUUUUAUAAUACUUCAAAUAUCCCAGUUUUAUCGCUGUCAAUAUUAACAGCCAUUUUCAACUGCAUUUACAGAUGGCUCUUACAGAAAUGUUUCUGCUAUCUGUACAUGUUUGAAAGUAAAGUUAGCUGAAUUAAUUGUUUAAUGGAACAGCUUUUAACCGCAUUGAGAACAAACGUUUCCAACAGAUAGACAUCUGUAACUUUUAAGUUCUUAUUUUUCUCCGCGUACAAUCCAUUUAAGACUUACACCUAGAAGUUCUGAAAAGAAUCAAAAUUUCGAUUCGGGAAUCCGGAUGAUGACGUUAAUGUAUGGUAUCGUUCAUGUCGCAGGUACUGCUUCAAGCGGCACUGGUUUGGAGACAAGGAAAUUCCGCUCCCGCGAAAAGGAACGACAUCCUAGCAGGAACGGAGUUCCUGUCGGUCUUCAUAAACGGAGCGAUGGCGCCGACGCCGCCGAGACGUCGAGGCCUGAGACGUGGGCAUCAUACAUCGGAUAACGUCCCCGCGGAAUCUCAACACGAGGCGUCCAUCUACAGAAUUUCGAGGACCUCGAACGUGAAACCCGCAAUAACGCAUGGGGCGUCGCGAGAGGACGGGUCCAAGUUCUACCCCGUUAGCCAGAUCGGGACCAGCCAGAAGUCCGACAGCAGGAGUGUCCCAACUUCGCAGACGGAAGAAACCGCGAGUAGAGUCAGCACCAAGCCCAGCUCUCAACCGGAGGUAGCCCUGACUGUCCGAGAUCAGGCUGGGGAGGCGAACCGCGGCAAACUCAAUAAAAGUGUCAAUCAGAAAGUUAUCGGGGUCAGUGUAACGUCUACCGUGGAGGCCACGCCGUAUAAAGUCAGAGUGGAGCACUACGAUGCAGAGGGCAAGGCAACGGGGACUAGACCAUCGACUACGACGACCACCAGCACGACGACUAGGUCCACGUUGACGACUACCGUCAAGGACGUUGCUUCUAGUUCCACCCUGACCAUAACGCCCCUUCCAGCGUUGUUGGUCACAGAGGAGCUUAGCAACAUCGUGUCCGAGUCCAACAGGAGCGAGUUCUCCGUGGACGAGGAAUCGCCGAACACCAGCUGGCGCGGGAGGGUAACGCCCAGGCCCAUUCCGAAUCGCUCUUUGGCAUCCUCUGCCCUGAGUCGAUGGGGCUCCAGGAGAGAGGAGGUCGAGGAUUCGGCAGCCAGCAGCAGCAGCUCGGAGCCCGUCGAGGAGAGCUACGAGGUCUCUGAAGAGCACUCCGAGCCCCGGGAGACUCACGAGGAGCCUGUCGAGAUGGACCAUCCUCCGCAAGGUCGGAAAGCUGGUAGACACUACGAUGCCUCUCUGUACAAUCAGCCUUCCAAGGCUUACAGUCAACCGGUCAAAAUGUACAGCAAGCCAGCCCGGAUCUAUGGCGAGCCUGCCAAGGUGUACAGCGAACCGGCUAAAGUGUAUGCGGAACCUGAAAAGGUCUAUGGAGAACCUGCAAAGGUAUACUCCGAGCCCGCCAAGGUGUACGGUGAACCGGCUAAGGUCUACUCCGAACCCGCCAAGAUCUAUAGCGAACCAGCAAAAGUAUAUGGAGAGCCCGAGAAGGUGUACUCCGAACCGUCUAGGAUCUACUCCGAGCCUGCCAAGAUCUACUCCGAGCCGGCCAAGGUUUACUCCGAGCCUGCCAAGAUCUACAGCGAACCCAGCAAAGUCUAUGGUGAUGACGGUCGACCACUGGACCAGCGGGAACCCGAGGAGCAGAACUACGAAGUUGACGAAGCCGUCAGUGUUGGGAGUAAUGGCAACGUUCAUGGGCCACAAACGGUCACGGAGUCCUCCACCGACGCGGAGGAUGGUCAUAAAGUCAGCUACGUGGUGGAGGGCCGGAACUAUAGGAAGUACCGGGUGGAAGAAAGGACUCCCGAUGGCUUUAUCGUCGGCGAGUACGGCGUGGUCAGCCACGAUGAUGGUUCUCUUCGAGGUGUGCGGUACACUGCCGAUGGCACCAUUAAUCCUCGCCUGAUCUACGAUGCUUUGAUGAAGUUCCUCGCUCUCUAAUACUUCGACUCCAACGGGAAUAUCGACGAUUGAAGCUGCACUCGGAGAAAUGGAUUGUUGAUUUGAUAAACGCUGUUUCUGA